AUGGCUGUGGCAGCUGCUUCGGCUGUGACUGGGGCGAGCGUAGCGGCUGCCGCCGCUGCAAAGAGCAAGGAUGGUGUUGUGGUGGCAGCCGCAGCAGCUGCAGGGGGCGUGGGCGGCUACAUGCUGUGGUAUCUGAUUCAGGGCAAGAAAGGAGGCUCGUCGUCCUCGCCGACCAGCGCUUUGCGUGACAUCGAGGCAGUUCUGCGUCCGGAAGACAUCGCCUACGGCAAGGAAGUGGAGAAGUGGUGCCUGGAGAUCGCAGGCGGCCAAGCCGCUGUCGGCCCAGCCCUCCUUGUGGCAGCACGCGCCCACAAGAUUGAGAAGGCAGCCGUGCGACGCAGCCAGUUUCCUGGCUCGGAGGAGGGACACGCGCAGUGGAAGGCAACACUGAAGCAGAAGCAGGAGAUGCGACUCAAGCCAAUUCUGGCCAAAGCUGGCUGGGGCUCGGACGCCAUUGAGCGCGUGACAGCGCUGUUGUCAAUGGACGGGCCCCGCGAGGACAAGGACAUGCAGGUCAUCGAGGACGCCACUUGCUUGGUGUUCCUGGAGACAGAUCUGCGAUCAAUGAAGAUUGAAGAUCAUACCAAGCUCGUGGACCUAUUGCAUAAGACAUGGGUGAAGAUGAGCCCGCGUGCCCAGCAAAAGGCACUCCUCCUCGAGUACGACGCGGCCUUGCUGCACUGCCUGAUCGAAGCCAUCGCGCGAGACUCGAACCAGUCUCUUCCCCAGACCCCGAUGGUGGCCCCACGUCUCCCAAAGGCUUGUGCAGAGCUCCUCCGCAACAGCUGGGGCAAGUUGCCAGAGACUUUCGCCAAGGAGGUCUUUGACCGGCUCAAACUUGAGGACAAGGAGGUGCAUGAGCUCCUCUCGGCCCCGGUCGUGAAGGACAAUCAGAACAUGCGGAAGGUGAUUAGUCGGUUUCUGGGUUUCCUGGAGGCAGAAGCCAUGCCCAAGUUCGAGAAGCUGGCCCACGCCUUGGCCGUGGCCGGCCACGCGGGGGGAUUGCGGCUCUCACACCUCGCCGCCAUGAAGCGCGCCGUGGUGCGGACGGUGACCAGCAACGCCUCCAAGCAGGAGCGGGAGUCUGUGAAUAGAGCAUGGGAGGCGUUCUUCUACGCCGUGGCGGCUGUCGUCGCCCCACACCUCAUGAGCCAAGAUCGUUUGGAGGAGAUCGCAGCUGCCACCUCGACAGCCUUACCCAUCCCCGGAGGCUGCUAG